AUGCAAGAACCAGUAAAGAUUCUGUAUCUUCAUAUUUAUGAAGAUAAGAAAACAAAGAAAAUUAGAAGAUUACUGGAAGAAAAUUAUGGAAAGGAUAAUGUAAUUUCUUCUAAAGACAAAUCAAGAGUAGUUGAUAUUUUAAUACUGGUGGUUAUAUACAUUUUGUGCAUGGUCUGUAUAUUUCUUAUAUUUCACUUAUUUUUUUCGACAAUUGAAUAUAUAUACAUGUUGAUUUUACCAUGUUUCUUCGUUACAAUGACUUCUUUUUUUAUUGCCUCCACAGUAAUUUAUGAAAUAUUAUAUCGCCGAUGUUUGGCAAAGGCAAAUAAACUAUUCGAAAAGUUGAAGCCGAAUGUAAUUGUAGGUUAUCAGUUUGGAUGUGUUUUAGCUAUGCACCUAUCUGGACAGCUCGUUCCAAUGCUGUUAAUAUCCCCAAUGCAGGAAAAUAUGUUUUCAAUGAAAAUACGAAAAACCAUAAACAUACGUGAUUUCCCAUAUAUCAUAUUCGUUCAUUCGACAAAGGAUGUAAAACGAAAUUUAAACAAAACAUUAGAAUUGGUACAAUCAGUAGAUAGGAAAAAUUGUAGAGUAGAAAUAAUUGAUGAAGGGUACAACUUGGAGUUAAUGAAGGCUUCUGAUUAUAGAAAUUGGAUUGACGAAAUGCACGCUCAGGGGGUAGAAGGGUUUAAAAAUGAGGGCAACAACAGUAGCACUAAUGACGAGGCGAUGUUUGAAAAUGAUGAAUAG